AUGAGCCUUUGUUCAUUCGAAGCACUGAAAAGCACUUGCUUUCCAUUCAAAUUUCGAGGCGAUUUUGAAAAUGUCUAUUCCCGUGACCCGUUUCCUAGUCGAGUUGGUCAGAUAAUGAGUUACAUGGAGGACUGUUUCGCAGGUGCCCCGCAAGAGUUUCUCAUCUGCAUCACGGUGCACAAGGCAGCGCAAGUGGGAGUGACCUCCGGCGAGCUGUACGUGCGGAUUAGCCUGGACAAAAUGACGAAGAGCACCAAGUCCUUUCCGAAUACCGAAAAUCCUUUCUUCAAUGAGUACUUCGUUUUUGAGUUCCAUUGUACGCUAACCGAACUCCUGCGGCUAACAAUCCUUUUUGAGCUAAAGAAACACAUGACCUAUAAGAAAAAUGUGGUAGUGGGUGAGCUGCUGGUGGAUCUACACAGUGUGUGGAACCAGACCAAUCAUGGUUACUUCAAGAAGUGGGGUCGCCUGGAAGCACCUAUUGGAGAAAACCAGACCCUAGAAAAUGCCGUUGCACCUCACGGCUAUUUGCAACUGGAUCUGGCCAUCGUAUCCCAGCAUAGUCCGGUGUCUUAUGCCCUCGGAUCUGAGGAGCAGGACACCCAAAGUCUGAACAAGUGGACGGUGGAUCAUGAUUUUGAUGAUAUCGAGAAGAAUCUCCUGACCAACGUGAACACCUUCGCUCCAAGUAAUAUUCGAUACUUCGUCGCCUUUUACCGGGGUUACUUCAUCAGGCAGAGCAACUACAUGAUUCAAUACAGAUUCCAUCCUUUCAAGGGCAAAACGCCGGUAGUCAAGAACACGUCGACGCCCGUGUGGAACUACGAGAUCAACUUUGCCUGGAUGUAUCCGUCGGUGGCCCAGCGAUUCCUCAUCCUAAUUUUUACCCAUGAGCAUCUGCAAUGGAAAUGCGUGGCUGAGUUCGAAUUGUGUCUUGAGGAGAUCGCGUUUAAUGGAACUCCUUCUCUGGGACCCACCUACUUGCAUCUUUACGAUCCUGUCAAUCCUAUGAUCUAUGUUGGUCGUCUUCUAAUGGAACUUCGGUCUGAAAUGCUAACGGAUUCCAAGCCCACACACACGCUUUCCUCCAAGACGGUGCCAGGCUUGGAUGAGACCCGUUUCUGGCAUGACGAUGUCUAUCUGAUUGAGUUUCUUCCACUAAUGGGUCACCACAUCCUCACCUCGGGUACGGCAUACAAGAUCUCGGCGAGAUUAGCCGAACACAGCUCGAACGUGCUGGAGGGUCAGCUAAGGACACCUUUGGAUCGAUUCCGGUCGGCAAUGAACUCAAAGAGUUUCCGGCGGGAGGCACCUUUCCAGUCCUGCAUGUUUCGUGUCCGUUUGCCGGACAAUAGAGCCAAGUACGAGAGUGAUUUCUUUAUGCUGGAUAUAGUCAAUUAUAUGCGUUCAGAACUGGAUACCUUCAAGCUCUUUCAGCGAAAAUAUCCACACCAGGAUGAUGAGCAGGCUAAAUGCCUGAAGGUCAUUGUGAACAGCAUUUUGACCAGAAUCAAGGAGGGCCUAGAUGCCCACCGGUUCGACCACGACGUGCAACCAAAGCGCACCACCUGGGACAUUAACCGGCAGCUGUACCUCCUGGACUAUUUCGCCAAAUUGCCACUGGAACUUCAAAAUCUUAAGCAUAAACUACGCAGCUGCUUUCUGGAACACCUGGACACCUCCAUUGGUGAUGUGGUUAAUGAGCUUCAGCGUUUGGUAGCCGAAAUCGGAUCCCUUUCCAGUAUGGCACGAACACAGGACGAGUGGCCAGAGUUGGUGCUUACCUUAAGUGCAAGCGGUAAGGAUGUGGGUGUUUGCCGAUUGAACGCCAAGCUCUUUUUGAAUCUACGAAAUCAGGAUGCGGAUCAGGAGACCCUUUGUUGGCGUCUAAAGAGCUUUUCCUUCAAGUCCGCGAGCUGUACGCACACCUGCCCCAAUUGUGGGUGCACCACGGCCAUAGUAUCAGGAUGUUUAGCCAUUGUUGUGGAACGGGAGCGAAAACAGUUUCUUUCUGUUGUCAAUAAAGAUUGGGCCAACAUUGAGCCCAUGUUGUGGCAGCUGAAUCCUGAGCAGACACACUUCCUCUGUCACGUUUACAUACACCAAGCCAAAGUACGUCCUGGCGGUGAAAAAAAGAACAUCUGUGACCCCCAUCUGAGAGUCCUGUUUGCCGACCAGGCCUGUGAAACGUAUACGUCUCCCGGAACUCUAUCGCCCAUUUGGAAUGCUGUGAUCACCUUUAACUGGGUGUCACUACCAGGAGGUAUUGGUCUCUAUCUAAGAAACCCUCCACUUCUCUCCUUGGAAUUCUACAACUCCGAACGCAGUCUACCAGAGGACCUUGUGGGCAUGGGAAGCGUGGCCAUGAGUGUUAUUAGCGAGGAUCGAGCAAGUGAUUCCAAUUGGGAGGAUGCAGGAGUAUUUGCUUGCUCAAAGAAUCCGUUGCGAAAGCUACAGAGAUUGAAGUACUUGACUCCACCUCCUCUCAAAUGGGUGCCAAUUGCUAGAAAAGGAACUCUACAAGCAGAGGUUUUGAUGUCAGCCGAGAUCAUUCAAAUCUCCAUGGAACCCCCUGGUCAGGAUGAUAAAAAGGAACCACAACUUGCAACGGGCAUUCCAAUGGCCAUCAGGCCAAAUAUGCAGAAUUUUGUCUUAGAAGUUUUCUUUGUGGGUCUGCGCAAUUACUCCAAGGGCAGCAUGAGUUCUGCUGGUAAGCGGAAAAUCAAUGUGAUGAUGGGUGAUCUGGUCCUGGCCAGUGGACCCUCCACAGCACGCAUCCGGAACAGCAUAAACUUUUUGGUGGCCUACGCAUCUGGAGUGGUUAGUUUGCCAGAUCAACAGGAUUACUGGCCGGCGAUUAUAGCCACCGAUGUCCUUCUCUCCGGAUUCAGCAGCGAGUCCACUCUGGGAGCAGCUCUCAUACCCAAUUCAUCAAAUUUCCUGCAACGCGACAGGACCCUCAAGUGUGUGUUAAAAAAAGACCUGGCCGCUGUAGAAGCUUCCACCACGGUUAGUGUGGAUGAAGAUGAAGAUGACGAGGAUGAGGAAGAGGAACUGGAAUGGGAAGAGGAGGAGACCAAACCAUCCAGAAUCAGCAGCUGGUGGAUGCGGCUGCUCUUCGCGUUGGGUUUGCGUCCAGCUCCCUAUGCCAAUCGUCACGCUUUAAGGUUCCAUGAUGACUUGGAUGACCUCGAAUUUGUCGAGGAGCGAGAGUUCACCUGGUGGACUAAAUUCUACAACUCGAUGUAUUGGAGUGCGGCCGAAAUGUGUCACGAGCACAAGCACCGCCUGGUUAUCUACUACGAAGAGCUGGAGAAGCAGGCUCAGUUUGGAUACCUCCAGGAUUGGGCCGUUCCCGUGCAGUUGGUUCAUGGCGUGAAGUUUAAGAAGCAUGGUCCACCCAAAGAAGAUAUCUAUGCCACCUUAAAGCUGCAACUAAAGUUGACCCCUUGUCAGUGCCCCAUACUUGAGGAUCCCGGAGGUGGUGGCGACAUGGUUCGCAACAUGUCAAAUCCCAUACAUCCUCGACAUCAGUCCACAAUACAGUCACUGGGUGAGACAGUUAAACUAUUGGUACGUGUUUAUGUAGUCCAGGGUGUUCAGAUGCGUCCUCGAGAUGUGAAAGGAGACUCCGAUUGCUAUGUGAAGCUGUUCCUGGGCGGCAAGACGUUUUCCGAUAGAGCCCAUUUCUCACCCAACCACAGUAAUCCAGUUUUCGGGCGUCUAUUUGAAAUGGAGGCUACGCUGCCAGGAGAUCACAUGCUGCAAGUGAUGGUAUAUGAUCAUGACAAGAUCAAGGACGAGGUGAUCGGUCAGACGAACAUCGAUCUGGAGGAUCGCUGGCGAACUAGGCAUCGUGCCACAGUGGGUUUGGCCAACGAGUACACAAAGAGUGGCUAUAACCACUGGCACGACGUUAAGUUGCCCUCGGAAAUUCUCAUAGAUCUUUGCCAGAAAAGGGGCAUUCAGGCCCCCUACUAUUAUGGUAAUGUAAUUGAGGUGGACGGAAUGCUUUUUGGGGACGAAACUUUGAUCUCAAAAGAUGAGGAGCUGCAGGAGAGGCUUAGUUUAGCCGUGCUUAAGAAUAUGGAUAAGCUGCCAUCCUUCGGUUACAAAUUGGUUCCGGAACAUGUGGAAACCCGCUCCCUCUGCCGCGAUGAUUUUCCAAAUGUCGAACAGGGCAAACUCCAACUGUGGAUAGAGCUGUUCGAGGCGAACAUCUAUGUGCCCAGUCCCAUCGAUAUAACCCCUGUGCCGCCCGCGGAUUUCGAGGUGCGUGUUGUGGUUAAGAAUCUGGUCGGGAUUCAGGCGGGCGACAAAAACAUUUUUGGCAAACUAAUGAGCGACGUUUACGUGAUAGGAUGGUGCGAGGAUGAGGACAAGCGCCAAUCGACCGAUAUCCAUUACCGCUCAUUUGCAGGAGAUGCGGCAUUUAAUUGGCGCAUGGUCUUCGGCCUCAAGUAUUCCCCCAACGAGGACCUGAUGGUAAUCCGGCGAAAGGCGGGGCUGCUGGAGGAAAUCGAGUUCAAGAAGCCGCCUAUUAUCUAUCUGCAGGUGUGGGAUAAGGAUGUGCUAACCAAGGAUGAGUACCUGGCCGCCCUGGAGCUCAAUCUCUCCAACAUGUAUGCGCCGUAUCCAGCUGCCCAGUUAUGUAAGCCCUAUCCCAAGAAGAGGAAGCGCAUCAAUCUCUUCAAGCGCAAGGUCAUCAACGGCUGGUUUCCGCUGCAAAGUAAUGCACAUCCAUCGCAACGCAGCCAGGCCACAGUUCAAAAUGGCAAAAUGCAGCUGAGCAUCGAAGUCUGCACGGAUGUGGAGGCCGUCAACCGGCCGGCUGGUCGUGGACAGGAUCCACCGAUGGCCUUGGAGCCGCCUUACAGACCGGACAGUUCUUUCAAUCCACUAACGCAUCCUUGCAAAUCCUUUCGGCACAUCCUCUGGCCAGUCAUUCGAAAGUAUGUCCUGUGGACUUUGUUCAUAUUGAUCGUUAUCCUGGGACUGGUGCUCUUCUUUUCCAAUCUGCCCGCCAAACUCAUGACCAUUCCACUGGAGUGAGGACUAUUUUUUAUUCCUUUCUUUCCUGUUUGUUUGUUUUAUUGUUGUUGUUUAUAUUGUUCGCUAAAUUGAAUUUUAC